AUGAAUGGUUUCUGGUUCCUUCCUAAAUUUGUGCCAAACACUGUUCGAGUUCUUAAUGAGUUCAAUCCACUUCCUAAUGAUGUAAUUUUAGCCUCCUUUCCGAAAACUGGUACAACAUGGCUUAAAUCUCUCCUUUUUUCCAUCAUAAAUCGGUCUUCCAAAGAGUUAUUAGUGAAGCACAAUCCCCAUGAGCUUGUUCCAACGCUUGAGGUCCAAGUCUUUGGAAAAACUGAAUCAUCUCCAAUUAUAACUGACGAUUUAGAUUCAAGAAGGCUCUAUUCGACUCAUAGUCCUUACCAGCUUCUAGGCAAAACUCUCGAUUCAUCUCACUGUCUAGUUGUUUACAUUACGAGAAAUCCUAAGGAUACGUUGGUAUCAAUGUGGCAUUUCACAAAUAAAUGGAAGGAUGCAGAAGAUGCACCAUGGCCUCUCGACGAGGCCAUAGAGAAAUUUUGUUCUAGGAUAUUUCCUGGUGUACCUUAUUAUGACCAUGUUAUGGGAUUUAAAAAAGGCAAACAAGGUGUCGUUGGGGAUCAUAAAAACUAUCUGGAAGCUAAGACGAUUGAGCGUAUUGAUGCAUUGACAAGAGACAUGUUUCAUGGAGCUGGUUUCAGUUUUUUUAGUUUCAUGGAGCUGAUAUUGUAG